AUGGAAACCGACGUUCCUACUAAGCCCCAGCGUGCUUCAGACGGAGGCUCAUCCAGCAAGUCGUUUGUUAACAUGGAUGCUUUGCAAGACGAAUGGAGCAUCUUCCCAUGGAACCAUUUUCCAGGUUAUACGAUUUCCGAGCGUGCUGGCAGGCAGACUUCGUGGGUCUGGCAGCAUGGUUUCGACAUUCAACCUAGCGAUUCUCCCACGAAAAGAAAAUGGAACAUCGAGAAUCAUCUGUUCAAAGAGCACAGGCUUGUCGAUCUGUCCGGGAAGAGGGCCGCCCGCUCUUGGGAAAGGAACCAGGGACAAGACCCGUCAAAGAAUAUUGUGGAGAUGUUGAACCUCAAUGCUUCAGACCCCAAAGAGCAAGGUAUCGCGAACGCCCUCAUCCAGCGCUUCGAUAAGGACCAUUUUCAGAGACUUCUUCUCGAGUGGGUGGUCGACGCCAACGUCUCCUUUCGCCAGCCCGAGCACUGUCGCCUCCGACAUAUUUUCGAAUACCUGAAUCCAUCGGUCGCAGUGACGAAUGCCCACAUCUCGCACGAUACCGUUCGAAAGCGAAUUGUUGACCUUUAUACCCGAUACAAGACGUGCGUAAUCGACAAUCUAAAGAGCACCCGGGCCAAAUUCACAUUGCGCAUGCCGGAGCUGAAGAUCUCACACUCGGGAGAAAACAUUGCAGCCCAGAUCCUCGAGAUCCUAGAGAGCUAUGAGAUCCUCGACAAGGUGGGCUAUAUUACACUGGACAACGCUGGCAAUAUGGAUACGGCGACAGAGGAGAUUGCAGAGGCCGACGCGUUUGAGGCAGAGAUUAACGGGGAGCCUGUUCUUGACGCGGUCCAGCAUGAAAUCUGGCGAAAGAAAGGCCCAGUCGGAAAGCUCCACAACCUAGUUCGAGCGAAGAACCCUGUGGACGUUGUCCUUGAUAACCUUACUCGUUGGCUUUCGACUCUUUAUAUGAUACGGCGCGGCCUUGAGUUGCGGCCUUUCUUGGAAGACCUGACUGAGAAGGUCACGCUUGAGUUUAGGAAAAAUGCCGCAAUGGGAUGA